CACCGACGUCUCCGAUUUGCUUCCCUGCGAUAUCUGGCGAGACAACAACACGACAAGAUCGACUGCCGUGGAAAAAAUAUGAAGCCUCUGCUUCCUUCAGAUCCCAGCGGAUUUUGAUACUUGUCUGAUGAAGCUGGGUUCACCAGUUCGGCUCACCGGGACCAACGCACUCCACGCCGCAAGAAACCCGCCAGCACUACCGUGAAUUCUAAUCAAAUCACGACCCGGCCAUCUGUUGCAUCGACUCAAGAUGGGGAGUGUUCUCGACAAGAACUCCUCCCAAGUGAGGAAGCGCAUUGAAGCGCAUACCUUUGAUGACGAAGAGGGAGACGAGUAUGGAGCCAGCGAAUUCCGUGGCUUCGGUGAUUAUUUCAGGCGGAAGAAGAUUAAGCUCCAAAAUCUCGAUGCCGACAUGCGCGCUUCUUCAGAUAAGCCUCAGAUAUUCAAAGGGAUUGUUGCACAUGUCACCGGGUACACCCAACCUCCGCUUCACAUACUUCAUCGCGAGAUUGUACAGCAUGGAGGCGGCUUCCUCCAGUAUCUUGACUCCAAAACGAUGGCGACGCACAUAAUAGCGUCAAAUCUACCACCAAAAAAGUCUGUGGAUUUCAACAGAUACAGGAUUGUCAAACCUGCAUGGAUCAUGGAAUCGGUCAAAGCCGGAAAACUACUUCCAUGGGCGGACUACCGAGUCCUCGAUGAGGGACCUAGACAAAAGGUUUUGAGGUUUGGUGGUGACAAUGGUUUGACCCAGUCAACUCCACAACCGAAACAGGGCUAUCGAGAGCAGACAGACAACAGCUUUUACACAAGCCAGUUGAAGUCUGCAAAUCUCCCUAGCCAGUCCCUCAACCAAGUCGUGGAACAAGCACAAACUCCCGUACGACCAUUUCCUCCCGAUUCGAACCCCACGUCAGACGGUGUCGACACCCCUUCAUGCGAAACACCCCAGAUACCGGCAGAGCAGUCAUUGAAUGAUACAACAGAACCGGACUCGGUAGAUUUGCACUUACAUUGCCGAACUAGACAGGCUGGGCAAGCCAAAUCUGCAAACCCUCUGAAGAACAUGACCUCGGAGGAGCACAAUGCAUGGCUUCUAUCAGACCCUCGACUGCGGAAGUCAUCAACUGCAAACCCGAACUUCCUGAAGCAGUUCUACUCAGAGAGUCGUCUACAUCACCUCUCAACAUGGAAAUCAGAGUUAAAAUCCAAAAUGCAACGGCUAGCAACAGAAAAAGGUCCUGGUGAACAGAAAUCGAAGAAGAGGCGGCCAGGCUCAAGGCGAUAUAUUCUUCACGUGGACUUUGACAGUUUCUUCUGUGCGGUUUCCCUGAAACGCCAUCCAGAGUACGUGGAUAAGCCAGCCGUUGUCGCGCACAGUACUGGAGCAGGGUCUGAGAUUGCGAGCUGUAAUUACCCAGCUCGAGAAUUCGGUGUCAAGAAUGGCAUGUGGAUGAAAGGAGCUCUCGAGCUAUGCCCCGACCUCAAGGUCCUACCAUAUGACUUCCCAGCCUAUGAAGAUGCGAGUCGCAUAUUCUACGAGUCUAUUUUGGAUAUUGGUGGCAUUGUGCAGAGUGUCAGCGUUGACGAGGCACUGGUUGAUGUUACAUCAAUUGUAUUAACCUCUACUGGCUCUCAAGGAACUGAAGUCGAAGACGGCAGCAUCGGCAGAGAGCAAGAUGCAGUGGCAGACAUCUCAAAAGGCCUCCGCGAAAAGAUUAAGGCAAAGACGGGUUGCCACGUCUCUGUUGGGGUUGGUGGGAAUAUAUUACAAGCCAAGGUUGCACUCAGAAGAGCAAAGCCAGCAGGACAAUAUCAUCUCAAGCCUGAGGAGGUCUUAGAAAUGAUGGGAGAACUCAAGGUGGAACAGCUACCUGGAGUUGCACGCAGCAUCAGUGGAAAGCUCGAAGAAAUUGGCGUCACAUUCGUCAAAGACCUUCGACAUAUUUCAAAAGAGCGCCUCACGUCCACUCUGGGGCCGAAGACUAGCGACAAGCUUCGAGACUAUGCUCAGGGUAUCGACCAUACUGAGGUUGGCGAGCAACCGCCAAGGAAAUCAGUCUCGGCAGAAGUAAACUGGGGUAUCCGCUUCAUCAACCAGUCGGAGGCGGAGGAAUUUGUCUUCAACCUCUGCAAGGAGCUCGAGAAGCGUCUUAUGAACGAGCAAGUGAGGGGGAAACAACUCACAAUGAAAAUCAUGAGAAGGUCUCUGGAUGCACCUCUUGAUCCAGCAAAGCAUCUUGGACAUGGCAGGUGCGACACAUUCAACAAGAGUGCAACUUUCGGCGUUGCGACUCAUGAUUACCAGACCAUUGGAAAGGAGGCCGUGUCAAUAUUGCGAUUUUUUAAAUUCAGUCCCGGGGAUCUCCGUGGCUUGGGGGUUCAGAUGACCAAGCUGGAACCCACCAAGACGAGCAAUUCCGCCCCAGACGGAAGUCAAAAGAAGCUCGCAUUUACUACAUUCACCAAACCGUCACCUGCGAGAAAAUCUUCCAGGGCAGAGCCGAUCGAUGAAGUAGACAGCUUGGAAACCCCGAAGGGAACACCGGGCCGAGAAAUCCAUCAGGAUCCCAUCACUGAUGAUCCGUUAACGCCACGAAAACCAAAACCACACCCUGCCCUGGCGCUCUCGAGGGCCAAUCAAGACGACGUGAAGGCCAAGACGCCUCUCAAUGUUUCCGGAACUCAAUUUAUCAUUCCCAGCAAUGCCGAUCCAGCUGUUCUCGCAGAGCUACCCAGUGACAUUCGAAGCAAGUUAAUGGCCCAGAAAGCAAAGACAACUGAGUCUAGAGCUCACACCCCGAUACAAGCGAGGUCAGAAAGCCCAGCGUCGGGAGAUAUGCUGCCAUGUCAGGUUGAUCCCGAAGUAUUCAAUGCACUGCCUGAAGAGAUGAAGGCGGAAGUCCUAGCAACAUAUGGGCGAAACCCGGUACAAAGCACACCACACUCCUCACCACGAAAGGACCGGUCCAUUCAGUCAAAAAAGCCAAUCACACCUACGAAGCGUGGUGGGACGCGAAGCAUACUUGGAAAAGCUCAGCGGGAGAAGGAUGCUCAAGCUGGUCUUUUGCAGACCAACUUUCGAGCCCCGAGGGAAGAUAGCGAGGACAUCGAGGACAUUGAGGAAUUAGAUCCAGAGUUUCUCGCUGAGUUACCCGAAGAUAUGCGAAAGGAAGUCAUCGCCGAUCAUCGACGGCGGCAACUAGCACAGAGGUCAGGGCUCGAUGCGCCUACACGGCAACACUACACGCCUGAUCCGGAGAGCGUCCUCGCAGGUGGACAACGUACAAUCCAGUUUCCCGCCCCGCCGCCGAAAAUUUCGUUUGCAAAAUCGGGUGUUACUUCGACUCAGGAGAUGAAAGAAAUGUUGGAUGCGUGGCACAUGGAAACGCAGAAAGAAGGGCCGCAUCGCAGAGACGUGGAGGUUUUUGAGAAAUUCCUAGUGCGGGUUGUUCAGGAGGAAUGUGACUUGGAGAAAGCUGCGAAGCUUGUACGGUGGUUGGAUUUGGUGGUGGAGCAGGAUGGAAGAGGUGGAAAGGGCCAACACUCUUGGAGACGAUCGGUGCAGAGCGUGAAGGAUGCUGUGCAAAGAGCUGUCAAGCAACGAGGAAUAGCGCCAUUGAAGCUGUAGUCGAGAAAGUAAGAUACCCGCUGAUCAAUACCACUGUACGAGGCUCGCUGAAAUGAUCACAUCGUCUCAACCGGUUCAGCUUGAAACAUCAUGCAGAGUCUCAAAUGCAUAGAGUUUAAGAGUUUCAGUCAGUGUCUGGUGAACCCGAUGCAGCAUGAAUGGUCAAGGAAUAACGGGUGCGGCGUGGCACCUUUGGCUAUCCAGUUAUAGAUAUACUGUAGAGAUGGCUUAUGUGUGGAGUUGAGAAUAUGGCGACGUUUGCGUCGUCGAGUGUGAGACAGUGGAGCCAUCCCGAUGAACGGAGAGAGCGGGAGGCGUUCCUUUGCAGUUAUCUAGGCACCACUGACCACUGUGGUCAAUACGUAGUCCUCCGCCGU